CCUCCACCCGACCUUCCAAUCUGGGACACCCACCUCCAUCUCCUAAACUCAGCCAGACUUCCCUAUCGCCAGAACAGGACCUACACGCCAGCAACCGCCCAACCAGCAGAUCUUCUCCGCAAAUCACCCGCAACAAACUUUCUCAUCGUCCAAGCCUCCGUCGAGAACGGCAAGGAAGGCGUGCUGACGCAUGUCCGGGACUUGCAGGAGGAGUAUCCUGAGAGGUCAUUCCGUGCUGAGAUUGAGUACUACGAGGCCUCGACCGGAGACGACUACACUUGGUCCGAGGCGCGUUUGGAGGCAUUGCAUGGCGCGGGUGUGCGGUGUUUGCGAUUGAGGGUACCGACGGACGGAGAUUCCGACAGAACCGCGGCUGCGAUUGAGCAUCUUUUGCGUGGCCAGCUCGGAGAGAUCGCAGGUCGCCAGGCCUGGGCGGUAUCAAUGCAACUGCCUCUUCAAGUAUGGAGUGCCUUGUCCUCCUUUCUCGAGUUCGAAAACAAUGAUCUGGCCAUUAUAGCCGAGCAUUGCGGGAGCAUCAGCGUACUGCUUUGCCCAUCCGACAUGGAAGCAUUCGAUCGGCUCGUCCAUCUGCUACGAUCUGGCAAGCUGUUCGUUCAGCUGGGCGCGUUGCACCGCCGCAUUGCAGACGACGGGACCAUGGCCAACUUGCAGCAAGGCAUCCGGACAAUGACCGACGCCGGACCGGGGCAUUUGUUGUGGGGGUCUGACUGGCCGCAUGUUGAUUCUACACCGAGGGGGUAUGUGGAGAAUGCGAAUUUGGAGGUGGAUGAAAAGGAGGAGUUGGACUUGAUUCUGGAGUGUAUGCCGAGUCGGGUCGCGAGGGAGAUGCUUGUGUAUACGCCGGCUAGACUA